GAAUACUUCACUAACCACAAAGAAGACUUCACGGAGUUAUAUUUGUAAAAGUGCAUACAAGUUUUUGUUUGGUCAUAAAGAGAUAAUUGUAAUUUCACUAUCCUCUUGGGUUAGUUUUGCAUUUGAUUCAGUUUGAAUUAUAUUUUUUACAUUUAAAAUCAAGUUUUAAGUCAUUUUUGACAAAUUCUCCAUAAAAUAUAAAUGCCUAACUAAAUAAUAAAAUAGAUAAACAUAAUAUCUGGAAUAUAUCCAAAUAUAUUCUCUCUGAACCACUUUACUAAGACUCAACCUGGCGACUUUUAAAAUUGGAAUAGAAAUAAGUAGGAAAAGAAUGACUAAGAACAAAAUAAAAGAAAUAAAAAUGAAUAUUUAUUACUUUUGUUCCAUAUCAAUUUUGGUAAGGAACUUUUUUGUUCUAUAGUUCCUUAAAAUUUAAGAAAUGACAAGGAAUUAUAGCAACAAUUGUUUCUUAUAAAUGGUGUAAUUUUUAAGGAAUUAAUGGGAAUUGAUUAUUCUCCUUAUUUCUCCAUAUUAAGACCCUACAAGAAAACAUUUGAUUCCCCCGCAUACGUAUUCGUCGGAAAUGAAUCCGUUAGAAAAGGCCAUUCUCGGAUUAUCGACGAAUAAGUAUUCGUCAGUAUAGCGUCGGGAAAACCUUUUCGUCAGGAAUUCAUCAGAUAUGUUUGACCAAAGAAAUUCGCCGAGAAUAUCCGUAAAAAAUUUAUUGAAAAAAUCCAUAAUGACACCGUCGGGAAUAUUCAAUCUUCUUAAAAAUAACCCCUGGAAGUCUUCUCAUAUUAUUGAUCUUAAAAAUAAUUUAUAAAUUUUAUUAAAAAUAUUUUGAUGGGGAAAAAAUAAAAUCAUGCAACUAUAAACAUUUGUAAAUGAUAUAAAUUAAGAUAUAGUAAAAUUGAAAAGUUUUCAACACAGAUAUGUAAAUGUAGUGAAUCAUAGUAUAAAAAUUGAAAAGUUUUCAAGAUAAGACCUAUGAGAUUAAACGCAAAUAUCCAAAAACUCAAAAUACCUGAACCGAACUCGAACGAAGACCCGAAUGCUUACUCCUAGCCUAACGGAAUCUACAUACAUACGAUUAACAACAUAUGAUUUAUCAUAACAUUAUCUUCAUAAAAAGAACAUUUAUAUACGAUCUAUUGAUCAAAUAUGAUCUAUCAUGUCAUUAUUCAUAAAAACAAAUCUAUAAUAUGAUUUAUCAUAACAUUAUCUUCAUAAUUUAUAUAAAGAACAUUAUAUUCCAUAAAAUAAAUCUAUCAAUAUGAUCUAUCAUAACAUUAUCUUUUUGAUUCUCUUAACAAACCGUGUUUUUUUAAUAGGAAACUGCAUCGAUGAUAGGAUAAUCCUCUGAAUUUUUCUUUAGAAAAUUAAAAUAGCCUUAGUAGUAUAUAUAUACAUACAACUCAAUAGGUUAUAACCUUACUUUUGUAGAAUCAAACUUGAGAGCUAAACCCUUAAAACGAUGUCAAAUAACUAUGAAGAUGGAGGAGGUUACUAUGAUCCUGACGAAACCAUGUUCAAUAACGAUGAAGAUGGAGGACUUUACUUUGAUCCUGAAGACCAAGAACUCAUAAAAUAUCAUCUACUACCCAAGUUAGAAACGUAUCUACAACCCAAGUCGAGAGAUGAAGAGUGUGAAGACUUCAUCGUGAUGAAGAACGUUUACGAUAAGGAGCCAUGGUUGCUGGACCAUACCAAUCAUCCUUUGUUCAGGAAGAACGAGUGGUUUUAUUUCGUGAGAAGGACUCAAGUGUCAGUGAAGAACAUUGGUCGUGGUAGGAACUCAAAGCGGAGGAUCGCCGGGGACAACGAUGGUGGGAGUUGGAAGCCUAACGCUAAAAAAUAUAUUGAGAACACCAUUAUAGGGAAAAAGCAAACUCUAAAGUUCACUAAAAGCGACAACAAUAAGAGGCAGAAGAGAGGAGACGGUACUUCUGCUGUUGUUCCUGGGAGCAAUAAUAGCUGGAUUAUGCACGAGUAUUCGCUACCGGACGAAAAUACGUUUCAAGAACUGGUCCUGUGCAAGAUUUGCAAGAUAAGCAAUUCUAAGGAUGAAGAAGUUGAAGCCGUGGAGGGGACACAUGACGCAGAAGAAGAUGGGACUGGAGAGCUCGUUGACAGAUUCGCAAGAAUGGGAUUGGAUGAUCAACAAACAACGGAGAAAGAUGAUCAAGAAGAGCCACCAAUGUCCGCUCUUUCUCAAUCUAGUGAUCCUCCAGCUAGGCCUGGCGAUAAAUCUCUACCACUAGAGGUGGAUAAUGAUGAAGAUGAAUAUCAAGUGAUGAACCAAGAGCUUGCUGAACAUCUUUUCAACUCCACUGUACAAACACAAGAAGUGUGAAUACUUAUUGAAAAUCUUCUUAAUGUUUCUCAAAGUUAUUCUUCAUUGUUUGUAAAAUAGUUUCAAUUAUGUGAUUAACUCUUUUCAUUAAACAAAGAGAAUCAAUUCAUACGUUUUGUGAAUAGUUGGCUAAUAAGUUAGCUACAAUACAACUGCAUGAAUAGUUGGCUAAUGAUAUGACCUUUACAAUGCUACCUACGU